AUGCUCAAGGACCUGAGGAUACAGUGCCGCGCGCGCGGCCUCAACCCAGGCGGCAGCCGCGAGGCGCUGAUGGACCGCAUGAAGGAGCACAUGCUGCAGACCGGCAACUUCACCCUGGUGACUGAGUACAAUGGCGAGAUUGCGCAUGGCGUGCCGCGGGAGGUGGCCAACCGCGCAGACCAUGCUUCGGAGGGCGCCAUUGGCGUGAAUAACAACAACUACUCGCGGAACGAGGGCCAGAACGUGGGCAACUUCAUCACCGACCGGCCCUCCUCCCGCGUGCUUGCACCCCCUGGGGGCGCCACCAACUGGAGCUUUGCUGGCGACGUGCCCGCGGACCCCAUCAGGGCCAAGCCUGCCCACUCGCCCAUCAAGCAGGCACCCAUGUCGGCUGCGGCGGCAGAGGCACCGGGUGUAGCAGAGGCUGUCAGCGAGGACCUGAUUGGCGCUGCCAACAUGGGUGUGGCACAGAACAAUUAUGCACGUCCCUCUGGGCAGAACGUUGGCAACUUCAUCACCGACAAGCCCUCCUCCCGCGUGCUGGCGCCGCCUGGUGGCGGCAGCUCCAUCGUUUUUGGCUGA